UCAUGGCCAAAUUUUAAAGGAAAAGGUGUUGUCAUUGUCGUUCUAUACUCUCUGAAAGUAAUACCAUGCUCUCAUAUUAUUCAUGACUUAAUAUGAGAGAAAGUUCUUAAAGCGAAAAUUAAGACAAAAGUCAUCUUUAGGCUGAUGAAGAAUGCAGCCUGCAUUCCUGGUUUCGAGACGAACCGAUGUCCGGGAUCUGACCGGACUUCCUGGUUACAGCAGACUGUCGCAAGCUUCCGGGUUGGAAACUUUAAGGACUGGUAUUAUUCACACGAGAAAAACACGUGAUAUCCGAGACCAUAGCGGGGACAGAUCCCAAACACACACAGACAAGCGAGAGUCAUUGGUUUGCAGAGAACCAAUCAGCUUUAGGAGGUCUGAACCCAAACCUACGCUCAUCAUGACAAACAAGGGGAGGAAAACACGCGCCAGUGGUCUCCUUCCUUUAUCUGAGAUAGACCCCUCCGAGCAAACCGAUAUUGAGACAGUUGUUUCUAGACCGAAAGAACCCACGGAGAAGACAGGAAGAGAAACGCCUCUCAGUAUGCAUUCUAUGAAACAAAAGACAGUUGAGUUGUCGAACACACAAGAGAGAAACGCACCUUAUGAUGCACCAAAUGUCGAUGAAAUUAAGAAUAUUCCCAGUAUCCCUAUUCUUCAGUCUGCCUCUAGAAAGAUCGACGACUUAAAGGACGACUUUUUGAAUUGUGAGGUCUGCAAGUCAGAGUUCGACGAUAAUGAGCACACCCCGCGUGUGUUACCAUGCUUGCACACGUUCUGUAACCGUUGUUUGGAAAAACACGUUCGGGACAGGUUUGUUUACUGUCCUAGCUGCAAGACACAGCAUGCGCUUCCCAACAACAGGGUCUUAAACUUCCCCAAAGAGCACACUAGACUUACACUUAAAGGUUUCGUUCAGUUAAAAAGGAAAACAAAAAUUCCAUGUAGAGACUGUCCUGAUAGCGGAAAUGCAGGAUAUUUCUGCAAAAAUUGUUAUUCAUUUAUGUGUCACGAUUGCCGUAAAGCUCACUUAAGAAACUUCAUAUCCCGUGACCAUGAUAUCCUGCCAAUAGAUCAGCUAACCAACUCGGGGAUCGAACCCUUUCUUCGACAGCAGACGUGUAACGUUACUGGACACGAUGGACAAGAACUCGCAUUUUUCUGCACAAGUAAAGGUUGUGGAAAACCUAUUUGUAAGAUGUGUACCGUAUUUUGUCACGUCGAGUCAGGUGGUCACAGCACAAGAAGUUUGCUUGAUGUGUUCGAAGACCAAAAGGUUAUAAUUAGUAAUCUGACAAAGGACGUGGAAGAUCGCAUAACCUUCACUAAAAAUGUCAUGGUGGACACGGAGAAUGAAAUGAAGAAUUUGGACAACAAAUAUACGGAUAUUGCAAAAGACAUCGACAAGGAAAUAGACGAAAGCAUACAGGUGUUAGAAGACAGGAGGCGGAAACUAAAGGACACGCUGAAGAGCAAAUGUAAAGAUAAACGAUCCAUGUUGCAGAAACAGCGAGAAAAAUUGAAAUACACGCUAACAUUGAUGAACGCCGGAAAAGAUUUUUCAUCCCAUAUCUUGACUUACGCUAUGCCUGCAGAGUUUGUCUCAUUAACUGGUAUUGUUUCAUCUCGACUCACAAUAUUGAAAGACAAGCAGAUUGAAUCGUGUCCCUUAGAAAAUUCGUUUUUGGCGUUUGAUAAAGACCAUCUUGGAACUGAAUUUAAAGCUUUCGUAUUUGAUAUGGGAAAGAUUCGAUCAACUGCCAUCUAUCCUCCGAAGACAAUGGCAGAGGCAUUUGAUAUCCCUAAUAACAAUGAAACUGAAGUAAUGAAGCUAUUUUUGUAUGAUAAUAAGGGCAAACCUCAAAGAGACUCAGUCGACUGCAUCCAAGUAGAAAUUCAGGACCCAAAGGGUCGGAUGGCUGCUGCGACUGUGAAAGACGCUAACACGGUAGACGGAUGUUACCGCGUUUACUACACAGCCAACCAGCUCGGCAAACACAGUGCCUUUGUAAAGAUAUUACAUCGCCUGGUCAAAGAAGAUGGAUAUAUUUUUACCGUCAAGUCUCCUGGUGAUAUUGACAAACGAUUUGGGGACAUCGAUUGUCCAGGAUUUACAUUUGACAUACAAACUGCUCACAUAGAACGUGAUGUGACGGCAGAUGGAAGACUUCUUCGCUCUGACGUCACGACGAUUAAGAAGAAGGCACUUCGUGGAUUAAAGAAGCCAAGAGUUCCAACUUUUCCCUGGGAGGACAACAGAUAUGUAAAACAGGACACGUCAAAAGCACGCGGCCGCCCUGAUGUAUUUUCCCAUGAAGCUCACUCAGAAAAAGUUAUCAACGAAAAGUCGUACAAUGAGAAACAACUAAAGAAGUACUACGGUGUUGUAGGCAGCAAACCCUUCAAAGCUCCAGGGCGAUACUACUUCGAAGUAAACGUCACCUAUAGAAUUCAUGUGAACCUCGUGCGCAAUGCUUUGCUAUUUGAAAUUGGUAUUGGGAGAUGGGACAGCAUACAUAACAGUUUCUAUGUCGGAGCUCAGACGUACGCGUGGUCUUUUUCUGUCGAGAGAUGUACGGAACACAAACAGCUCUGUCAUAAAUUCCGCCACAAGAGGACGCUUCUAUUACAUUCUCCGGUUUCUGCCGACAUCGCAGGAACAGGCAUUGAUAUGUCAUACGGGUUUCUUGUAGAUACGGAUAACCGUCAGUGGACGAUACUCGAUUGCUCUAGUCAACACAUCAUCUACACGUUUCGUAACUUAGAUUUUUCGGAACCUCUUUGGCCAAUCUUUGGUACCUACAACCCUUAUUCUGCACAGGUGGAGAUGCACCUAAAAUCUGGAAGUUUAAUUAAUAACAUUCCCGCACCUGCAAUGUUGGUUUAAUUCUAAUUGAGUGAUCUAUUCAGGUUCAAUCUUAUUCUUAAUGUUUCUAGCAAUAGAAGCAAUGUAAAUACGAUCUAGAGGAAAUGACGAUGGUGUGAUAAUCUCUCUGACGAUAACAUUACUAUUAAUACCAUUUGUGCAACUGAAUCUUGUUGGAGUUAUUUAAAUAAAAUACUGAUCUGUGCACAUUGUUUUCAAUCAGAAGCUAAAUAAAUCAAGUAUUAAUCGAUUUCGUUUUCCUUUUUAUCUUUGUUUUCUUUCUAAGAGUAUUUUAUUUCCUGGGGAGUUUUAGCCUUGUUAGAGUAAAGAAUGUAUUC